UCGUGCUUGUGAUCGACGAGGGAGGGUUUUAUAUUUCUUCCCCCAAAUCGUGGGAUAGGGAAUCGAAAUCGACCGCCGCUUCUAGGGUUUUCUCGCCUCCGGAGAGGCGACCAUGGAGUUCGACGAGUACGAGUACCUGGAGAAGGCGGUGGAGAACCCAGAGCUCGCUGGGGAGAAGCCGUCGGCGAACGGAGGUGCUGCCGUUUCCGAGGGGAGGGACCGGGGGAAGAGUUCCAGGCGCCGGUCAUCCGACGACGCCGAGCGAGACUCCGAGCGCCGCUCGAAGCAGUCGAGGUCGGCGGAGAGGAGCGGCCGUGAGCACCGCGAGCGGCACCGCGAGCGGCACCACGAGAGUGGCUCAUCCGAUCGCCGGGAGAGGGAGCGGCACAGGGAGCGCGAACGGGAUCGUGACGAGAGGGAGGCGGAGCGGCUUCGGGAGAAGGAGAGGAUCAAGGAGCGCGAAAAGGAGAAGGAAAGGGAGAAGGAGAAGGAAAGGGAGAAGGAGAAGGAGAGGUCGAGAAGGAGCAGGAGUCGGUCUGAGAAGCACCGAGAUGAGGACCGCGAGAAGCCCAGAGAGAAGAGCAGAGAGAGGGAUUUCAGAGAAAGAGAUCGUGACUCUAGACGUCACAGAGAAAAGAAAGAAGAAGCCCCAGAACCAGAAGCUGAUCCUGAACGAGAUCAAAGAACUGUAUUUGCUUAUCAGCUUUCCUUGAAGGCAGAUGAAAGAGAUGUGUAUGAAUUUUUUUCGAGAGCAGGAAAGGUGCGAGAUGUUCGCCUCAUAAUGGAUCGCAAUUCAAGACGUUCUAAAGGGGUUGGGUACAUUGAGUUCUACGAUGUGAUGUCAGUCCCAAUGGCAAUAGCUCUCUCAGGUCAGCUACUUCUUGGUCAGCCAGUAAUGGUGAAGCCCUCAGAGGCAGAAAAGAACUUGGUUCAGUCAAAUACAGCUGCAGGGGGAGCAGGACUAACUGGAGCUAAUUCAGGUGCUGCCAGAAAGCUAUACGUGGGCAAUCUUCAUUUGAACAUAACAGAGCCACAACUCCGGCAGGUCUUUGAACCAUUUGGACAAGUGGAGCUGGUUCAGUUGCCCCUUGAUCCUCAAACUGGCCUUUGCAAAGGUUACGGUUUUAUCCAGUUUGCACGUCUUGAAGAUGCAAGAGCUGCCCAAAGUUUAAAUGGGCAAUUGGAAAUUGCUGGCAGGACAAUCAAGGUUUCGGCUGUAACCGACCAAGCUGGAGUUCAAGAUGUUGGGACAAAUGCUGGUGACCUUGAUGAUGACGAAGGCGGCGGCUUGUCUCUUAAUGCUAGUUCCAGAGCACUUCUAAUGCAGAAGUUGGACCGUACUGGCACUGCUAGCAGUGUUCCUGGUGCACUUGCUGCUUCUGCUGUCAAUCCUUCACUUCUCCCGGCCCCAACUGCAUCAGUUCUUGGUCCUCCUCUAGUUUCCUCCAUCCUGCAACCUUCUGUGCCUUCACUCGCAGGCCUUCCAGCUUCAGGUCUUCCAGUUGCUUCAGCAACUGCACCUGCUUUACAGACCGCUGGAGUUCCUAGUGAAUGUUUACUGUUGAAAAAUAUGUUUGAUCCUAGUGUGGAGGCGGAACCAGAUUUUGAUUUAGAUAUCAAGGACGAUGUUCAAGAUGAAUGCUCCAAGUUUGGCACAGUAAAACACAUUUCUGUGGACAAAAAUAGUGCUGGCUAUGUAUACCUACGCUUUGACAAUAUAACCUCAGCCAUGAAAGCACAGAAUGCACUCCAUGGGAGGUGGUUUGCUGGAAAGAUGAUCACAGCUACUUUCAUGUCCCUCCAGCAAUACGAGGCAAAAUUUCCAAAUACAAGCUAAGCUGAUCAUAUUGUUGGCAUGACAAGAUGGACUAGUUGUGACUAAAUUCCCUAAGGGUAUGCUUUAGUUGUUAAUCUGUUCUGGCACCAGUGUUGUGUGUUGCUGCUGCUGAAGAUUAUGGUGAUUCUAUUUCUAGAUAGACUCAUUCUGUUGCUACGGAUUUUGAUAUGCUUUAGAGCGCUUUUUAGUAUCAAAGCCUUGUCACCUCCUUUUUACUGCUUUACAGUACGGUUCAUCUUACAGUUUAGACCAGAAUAUUGUGGUCGUCUGUAUAAUUCUAGUGCGUCUCUCAGAAGUACUGUAAAGGUUACCUGCCCGAGAAGCCUUUAGCAAUUGGGGUUGUGAUCAAGAUGGUUGUACUGAUAACAUGAUGUAUCUUUUAUAACCAUCUUCAUUGAUCGAGUUUGAUCAAUAUACUUAAAAUGUAAGAUUUUUUUAUCAGAAUUAUUGGGACGAGAACGACCUCUGGAACAAUGAUGAUAAACUGAUUGCUCAUUGUUUAA